UUAGGGUCAGGGUUAGCUAACCCUGACCCUAACCAGGCUUUAACUCUGGCUACUGAUCCCAGGGUUAGGGUCAGGGUUAGCUAACCCUGACCCUAACCAGGCUUUAACUCUGGCUACUGAUCCCAGGGUUACGGUCAGGGUUAGCUAACCCUAACCCUGACCCUAACCAGGCCUUAACUCUGGCUACUGAUCCCAGGCAGGAUGUUGCGUCUUCGGUGCAAGACUAAAAACGGGAGCCACCUCAUGCAGGGGCUGAGCCAGCACUCGUGCGUGCAGGAGCUGAAGAGCAAGGUGGAGGAGCUGACGGGUAUCCCCUGUGACGUGCAGAAGAUCCUGGUGGGAUACCCCCCCUCCAGCUUGGACCUGCGGAACGGCCACGCGCACCUCAAGGACUACCCCAUCAAAUCAGGAGACACACUGAUCGUAGAGGAGGAGAAGAACAAGAUGAAGACUCAGGCCAGCUCCCCGCCCCCCCAGGCCAGCUCCCCGUCCCCCCAGGCCAGCUCUCCGGCCCCCAAGGCCAGCUCCCCGCCCCCCAAGGCCGGCUCUCCGGCCCCCAAGGCCAGCUCCCCGCCCCCCAAGGCCAGCUCUCCGGCCCCCAAGGUGCCGCGGCUGGAGCCCUGCCCCGAGCCCCGCCCGGUGCUGGCCCGCCGCGUGGUCCCGGCCGACAACUCGUGCCUGUUCACCAGCGUGUCGUACGCGGUGGAGGGCGGCGUCUAUGACCCGUCCUGCUCAGCCGAGCUGCGCCGUCUGAUCGGCCGCACGGUGGCGGGCGACCCGGCGGCGUACUCAGAGGCCGUGCUGGGCAAGACCAACGAAGAGUACUGCGCCUGGAUCGGGCGCGACGACACUUGGGGCGGGGCCAUCGAGGUGUCGAUCCUGUCCCGCUUCUACCAGUGUGAGAUCUGCGUGGUGGACACGCAGACGCUGCGCGUGGACCGCUUCGGCGAGGACGCCGGCUACCGCAAGCGCGUGCUGCUGAUCUACGACGGCAUCCACUACGACCCGCUGCAGAAGGAGACGCCCGGCUCGGACGCCCCUCCGCAGACGGUGUUCGCCGCAACGGACGACGUCAUCCUGGCGCAGGCGCUGGAGCUGGCGGACGAGGCGCGGCGCCGGCGGCAGUUCACGGACGUAAACGGCUUUGCACUGCGCUGUUUGGUGUGCCAGACGGGCCUGGUGGGACAGAAGGAGGCCCGGGACCAUGCCAAGGAGACCGGCCACACCAACUUUGGGGAGGUGUGAGAGCUACUCGCUCCCCCAUUCCCCCCUGCCCUCACCCCCCUCCUUAACAACGUCAAAAUCACACACCCGCUCCCCAAUCUGGCAACGCCGUGGUACUGGCUGUUUGUCUGUCGGUCUGCUCGGGCCAUCCUCUACCUCACAUAGUUCAGCGGAGUCCACGAGGAACCAAUAGACACUGUGGGUUCUGUCAACACGGUCAGUAUUCAAGCUACGGUUGGUUCUCAAAGCCUGCUGCGGUGGAACAUCCCAGCAAAGCUUUCAUUGGGUUCUGCUGUCUCAAGAACCCAGCAUGUCAAGCAUUGAGCCGGGUGUGAAUUAGGGAUAGGCCAAAGUGAGUCCACAACCGCAGGAGUCAGUGACGCGUGGAUAUGAGUCCUGAGCUGAAGCGGGCUGUCAUUGGUUAACAUGCAGUCCUCGUCCGGCCCCGGUAUGCCGGAUCAGGCUCACGGACUUCAUGGUGCUCUGCUGUCUGUCUACUGGUGACCUGAGAGGCUGAACGCACCAGAAAGAAUGCUACUCAUGUAGCUCACUAGCUAGCACAUAUUUAUUUAGUCUGUAUCGGAUGUCAGGGUGCCUACCCACACUACUUUUGUGAUAGUUUAUCUAGAUUUAGAAGAGGAACAGAAUUCAAGCUACAAAGAGAGGAUCGUGUUUAGGUGGGGAUUAAACUUCUCAGUUCUCAAGUGUUUUUAAAGUGUUACGUUAAGCUAGUCAAGUUACUACUCUGAGAUGACGACAUGGUUUAUGUUCAGGUAUAUUUUCAAGGUAAAUGAAAAUUUUUAAAAUGCCACUGUUUACAUGUGUGCUAAUAUUUGUGUGAGGAGCAAGAUUUAGCUUUUUUAGUUUUGAGUCCAACGUGGGACUUUUAACUGAUGUGUAAGGAACAACUGGUGUUUUUUUAUUUUAUUGUGAUGAUUUUGUUUCUUAAGCCCCUGUUCUGAUGCACACAUUUUUACCGACUACCAAAUAAUGGUCAGAGGAACAGGGUGUAGGAAUGCUGAUAUUUUAUAAAUAUAAUAUUCACUCAGUCUUAGACGAUGCCAACUGUUCCUACGCACAAAAUGCUUUGUUCAUGAGCACACAUGAACUGUUUGUAUAACAAUAUACUUUUUUUCCACAAAUGAUCAUGUGACUCUCUUGCUCUCUCUCUCUCUCUCUCUCUCUCUCUCUCUCUCUCUCUCUCUCUCUCUCUCUCUCUCUCUCUCUCUCUCUCUCUCUCUCUCUCUCUCUCUCUCUCUCUCUCUCUCUCUCUCUCUCUCUCUCUCUCUCUCUCUCUCUCUCUCCCCCCCCCCCCCCUGGUAAAACAGUUGCAGGUACUGUAGAUGGAGCAACAAGUCUGAUCUCAUCUCAAUGUUGGACCUAUUGAUCGAAGGGAGCCAAGAGCAGAUCAAUCGUUUGAGGUAGUUGAUGUCAGGCUGCUGUUCAGUUCCAAGGACAAGGCCUUACUAUGCCUUCUUAUUGACCGAUCCAUUGAUGAUUUCAGUGGGAUCGGUGUAGGAAGGCACCCAUCACCUUUGUUUUAACCCUUUCAGAUCCAUUUUACCAUCAUUACAUAGACGAGUACCAAUGUGUUCAGCUUAUCCCCACUACUCCCACUACUGGCCCCUUAGUGUCAGAGUGUCCCCACUACUGCCUCUCAGUGUCAGAGUGUCCCCACUACUGCCCCUUAGUGUCAGAGUGUCCCCACUACUGCCCCUUAGUGUCAGAGUGUCCCCACUACUGCCCCCUAAUGUCAGAGGGUCCCCACUACUGCCCCCUAGUGUCAGAGGGUCCCCACUACUGGCCCCUAGUGUCAGAUUGUCCCCACUACUGGCCCCUAGUGUCAGAUUGUCCCCACUACUGGCACUAGUGUCAGAUUGUCCCCACUACUGACACUAGUGUCAGAUUGUCCCCACUACUGGCACUAGUGUCAGAUUGUCCCCACUACUGCCCCUUAGUGUCAGAUUGUCCCCACUACUGGCCCCUUAGUGUCAGAUUGUCCCCACUACUGGCCCCUAGUGUCAGAUUGUCCCCACUACUGGCACUAGUGUCAGAUUGUCCCCACUACUGGCCCCUAGUGUCAGAUUGUCCCCACUACUGGCCCCUUAGUGUCAGAUUGUCCCCACUACUGGCCCCUUAGUGUCAGAUUGUCCCCACUACUGGCCCCUAGUGUCAGAUUGUCCCCACUACUGGCCCCUAGUGUCAGAUUGUCCCCACUACUGGCCCCUAGUGUCAGAGUGUCCCCACUACUGGCACUAGUGUCAGAUUGUCCCCACUACUGGCCCCUAGUGUCAGAUUGUCCCCACUACUGGCACUAGUGUCAGAUUGUCCCCACUACUGCCCCCUAGUGUCAGAUUGUCCCCACUACUGCCCCCUAGUGUCAGAUUGUCCCCACUACUGGCACUAGUGUCAGAUUGUCCCCUGCCACUAGGGUCAGAUUGUCGGCAUGGGAUAUGGUUUUAAGAUGUUGAUUUAUUUGGUUGAUUUAAAUGAUUUAUUUUGUGGCCAUUUAAUCAUACUUUGAUAAAGAUAUAUGCAUUAAUUCACCAGAAGAUGUCUCGUGUUAUGAAUUUAUAGCUCUUCAAAUUGCCUGUUUCAUUUUAUUGGGAUGGUUUAAAAUCCAUGGAGGUAUGGGAUGAUGUAAGUUUUGACAUUAUAAAUUUUCCCCUUACGUUUCCAAGGAGUUGUUGACCCUUCCCCCCCCCUUGGUCUGAAUAAAACACAAUAAAAGCCCAUAAGACAGAA